AUGGCAGAUGUCAAGAAGAAAAUCAAGGCACGUCAAGGCCAUCGUACAUUUGUAGAAAGCGUUAUGACAAAAUCUCGUGAGUUGAUUGCUGGUGAAAUUACUGAAUAUAUCUGUCAGAAGCUACAAGUAAAUAAACGAAUUUUAGAAGGUAAAAUUGCUCUCUUGGAAAGUAUAAAUGGUGAAAUUGUCGAUCUUUUGAACGCGAAAGAUAAUAUCGAGAAGGAAAUUAUUGAUAGCUCAGAGUUUAAUGCCACAGUCGACGAAUGCCUUGUUCAAAUUGAUAUUGUAUUGACGGAAAGUGCAAAAGUUCAAGUGAGUCCACAUCAACCAGUUCUUACACCAAGUACUGCACCUAUCAAGGCUAAAUUACCUAAGUUGUCUCUGAAUAAAUUCUCGGGUAAUCCUGUUGACUGGCAGGCAUUUUGGGAUUCGUUCGAUUCUGCAGUUGGGCCAAACUCGUCAUUAAGUGAUGUGGACAAAUUCAAUUACUUGAAAUCAUUAUUACAUGGUUCUGCAGCAGAAACAAUCAGUGGAUUUUCGCUUACAAAGGAAAAUUAUUGUGAAGCUAUCAAAUUACUAAAAGAAAGAUAUGGGAAUAAGCAAGUUGUUAUUUCAAGUCAAAUGGAUUCCUUGUUGAAAUUGCCCGAAGCUACAUCAAUGGGUGAGGUGAAGAAACUGAGAAAUAUUUAUGACAAGUUGGAAUCGCUUGUUCGAAGUCUACGAAAUGUUGGUGUUUCUCCAGAUACAUAUGGUUCAUUUCUUGCUCCAGUUGUUAUGUUAAAGAUUCCAUAA